AACUGAAAAAAAUGAAGUUACUUAAAUGGGCCAAGCCCAGUGGAUAGAUAGUUUCUAAUGGGCCGGUUGAGACUACGAGAGACGUCAUCAUCGAAACCAAUCCCGUCGCGGUGGUUCUUCUGCCAUGGCGAUCAUGGCCGUUGCCGCUCUCUUUCACGCCCGCUUCCCUCUUCUCCUCCGUCACAGUGUCCCGUCCACGUUUUCUCUGUCUUCUGUCAUAUACUAUCGCAGGACUGUUCCAUCCAACGGACUCAGUACCCGAUUCUGCUCGAUUCUCCGUUAUUCAUCGUCCGUCGACGGCGGUGGAAGUAGCAGUGGCGAUUCCGGUAGCUUUAGCGAUUCCGUUAGCGUUGUUGCGGAUGUUCAGAGUCCUAAUUACUUGAAAUUCACCGAUGAUGAAUUGAUGAAGCAAUGUAGAUUAGAGACAUUCAGAGUUUCAGGACCUGGAGGACAACACCGGAACAAGCGUGACUCCGCCGUUCGUCUCAAACAUCUCCCCACCGGAAUCGUAGCUCAGGCCGUCGAGGAUCGUUCACAGCACAAGAACCGUGCUUCUGCUCUGAACCGUCUUCGUACGCUCCUGGCAAUCAAAGUGAGGAACAAAGUGGACCUUGAAGCUUAUGCUCCUCCUCCAGAGCUUCUUCAGAUUCUACCUCCCAAGUCUACUAUAAGAACUUCUUCUGGUUCACAGAUUGGUCCCAACAAUCCUAAAUUUGUACCUGGAAUGCAAGCUUUGCUUGAUGUUAUUUCUGCUUCUGACGGUUCUAUCGCCGAUUCUGCCAAAUUACUUGGUUUGAGCACUGGUGGCUUAUCUCGUUUGAUACUCUCCCAUGAUGGUCUUCGUAUGGCUGUCAAUAGCAUGAGGGCAGCCAAGGGAAUUAAGCCUCUCAAAUAGUUAGGAUGUAUCGGCAUUUGAAAUAUGACGUGCGGGUCUUUGACGAGUUGUAUUUAGGUGGCUUCUGCAGCACAGUGACUACCAUUUGAUGCACCACAUAUUGUAUACAAAACAAAGGUGAAAUGUUGAGUUCAGUCUAACAUUUGUUCUUCUAACAUCAUAAAAAUAGUCACGUGUUUGAGAUGAUAUACUAUAGUCUGUUCAAAUGUUUAUGGUAAUUUGUCGUCCCCUUUUUUUGUGAUUGUGUUGGAGCCAUGUUGGAUUAGAUUUACUCUUUUUUUGCUUUUUUCUUGUUUUUUCUCUUCAUUCAAGGAAGUAAAAUUCGCUGGUAGUAUAAGUGGAAGUGGCAAUCUGGUGUGUACUUGCAUUUCAGAGCUUCAUGGUUGUCUAUAAGGUCUUGUACUUUACACAAUGAAGCACAUGCAAGUUUCGUUUUC